AUGCAAGAGAUUGUAAAGCUUGAGGCUCUUUUCCGCUCUUGUGAGGGCAGCCAGCAAGUGGCCAACCUCCUUCAAAAGAUCAAGAAGGUUACUUCUGAAUUCGAAGGCAAAACUGGGCACCCUUCGAUUAACUUUCAAGCCCCAGAAAAAAUUAAAUAUCCUGGCAGAAGAAAGGGUGGUGCACGUCCCAAAUACCUUCCCAAAGACUUUGGUCGGGCAAACUGGAGGAAGAUCAGUGUUUCGUCUGGUCAUGCUGGCCUUAAGACAAUGGUUAGACUGAGAGCUAAAAUGAGGGAGGGAAAGCCUGCAGCUACACAAAAAACAAAAAACAAAAAACAAAACAAAAACAAACAAGAGCCUCUCGACCCAGUCGAUGCUACCAAAAACAAAAUAAAACAAAUAAAGCAAGAGCCUCUUGACCCUGCCUCUCGACCCAGUCGAUGCCCCCCCCCCCCCAAAAAAAAUGGGUUCAAAAGACCCGCCACCGCCCUAGAAGAUUACCAGUAUGAUAAUCGCACCUCUGUUGGCAAGAGGGUCAAAUUCCAGCCCGGUUUUCCUGUCUCUCAUGAGAUGGUCGACGAUGUCAAGGGUGGGUUUAGCCCUACUGCUGACGGGUGGUGUGGUUUUCGGGUCCUUGCCCACUUGAUCUACAAAGAUCAAAAUAAGUUUUCACUUGUAAAAAGGGAUAUGCUAGCCGCCCUGCCGAAAUACAAAACAUUGUACACAAAUACCUUUGGCACUGACACAAGCCAACUAGGAAAAAUCAUUCAACAUGGCUCUCAACUCGAUUAUAGCAACACCAACACCAACACCAACUUCAUCCCAGUAUGUUCAGAUGCCAGUAUGUGGUUUAACACACCCGACUGUGCUCAACUAGCUGCGGACACAUAUACACGACCAGUCUGCGUCUACUCAGACAACCCCAACACCCCCUCAACAACCUUUCUCCCAUUCGCCCUUCCCAACAACAAAACCAAACAACGACAACCUCUGAUUUUUAAUCAUGUUAACAGUAAUCACUGGACAACAGUUGACCUUUCCCGUAAUAUCUCUAGAAAAUGGCCAACCGUUCCCGAAUUAUUUUUUUUAGGUUGUGCCAGAAAUAAGAUUGAUGAUAACUUUGAUACUUACUGGAAUAAGCUCAAAGAAUUUAAUAAGCAUGACCGCAGAAAUGCCAUGCUCUCUCUCCAUUCUGAUCUAGAUCAACCAAUUGAUCUUACUCCAAAAUAA